AUUUGGCUCUCAUAUAUAUACUUUUUGUGCAUGAAUGUGAAUAAUCUAUUAGUAGUCAAUGUCAUCGGGUCACCUUAACUAUGACUUACUGCCCAUGGUGAGAUUGACAAUGGUUAUCUUGGUCUUAAUGCCAUUCAACGCCGAGAUGCAAAAGUUUCUACUAGGGACUCCAUAAUCGUGAGCAGAUUUAUUCCACCUGAUGAUUUCAAGCUUGCUUUGUUGACACUUGAAUUGGAAUUUGUACGGAAGGGAACAAAAGACGAGCAGGUUGAUGCAGUUCAGUUGGCUAAUCAGAUACGCAAUAGAUUUGGAAAUCAGGUUAUGACAGUUGGGCAAAGGGUAACAUUUGAAUACCAUGGCAUUGGUUAUAUCUUCACUGUCAAUCAAGCUCAAGUCGAGGGGAAUUCAAAAUCAACUACAGUUGAAAGGGGUCUAAUUCAUUCAGAUUCUUACAUUAUUUUUGAGGCUUCAAAAGCAAGUGGAAUAAAGAUAUCCAACCAACGUGAAGCUGCUAGCAGCAGCAUCUUCAGGCAUAAAGAGUUCAACUUAGAGUCAUUAGGAAUUGGUGGUUUGAGUGCAGAGUUUGCCGAUAUAUUCAGGAGAGCUUUUGCUUCUAGGGUUUUCCCUCCACGCGUCACAUCUAAACUCGGCAUCAAGCAUGUUAAAGGAAUGCUGCUUUAUGGGCCUCCUGGUACUGGGAAGACUCUAAUGGCUCGCCAGAUAGGAAAGAUGUUGAACGGAAAGGAACCAAAGAUCGUCAAUGGACCUGAGGUGCUAAGCAAGUUUGUUGGUGAAACUGAAAAAAAUGUGAGAGAUUUAUUUGCUGAUGCCGAACAGGAUCAGAGAACCCAAGGUGACCAGAGCGAGUUGCAUGUUAUUAUUUUUGAUGAAAUUGAUGCAAUAUGUAAGUCCAGAGGUUCAACUAGAGAUGGAACUGGUGUACAUGACAGCAUUGUGAAUCAGCUACUCACAAAGAUAGAUGGUGUGGAAUCUCUGAAUAAUGUUUUGCUAAUUGGAAUGACCAAUAGAAAAGAUCUGAUUGAUGAAGCACUUUUGAGGCCUGGACGAUUGGAGGUUCAAGUGGAGAUAAGCCUCCCUGAUGAAAAUGGCCGUUUGCAGAUUCUUCAGAUUCAUACAAACAAAAUGAAGGAGAAUUCUUUUCUUGCUCCAGAUGUGAACUUGCCAGAACUUGCUGCACGAACCAAAAAUUAUAGUGGGGCAGAGCUUGAAGGUGUUGUGAAAAGUGCUACGUCAUUUGCUUUGAACAGGCAAUUGAGCCUUGAUGAUCUUACUAAACAAGUAGAUGAAGAGAACAUCAAAUUGACUAUGGGUGACUUCUUGCAAGCCCUUCAAGAAGUCAUCCCUGCGUUUGGUGCAUCUACUGACGACCUGGAGCGUUGCAGGCUAAAUGGUAUUGAGGAAUGUGGUCCACGCCAUGACCACAUCUAUAGAAGUGUUAUGAGAUUAGCUGAACAAGUCAAAGUCAGUGAAAGGAGUCCUCUUGUCACUUGCCUUUUAGAAGGCCCUAGUGGCAGUGGUAAGACUGCAAUGGCAGCAACAAUUGGUAUUGAAAGCGAUUUUCCAUUUGUAAAGAUAAUCUCUGCAGAGACAAUGAUUGGACUGAGUGAAAGUAGUAAAUGUGCUAAAAUUGGCAAGGUUUUUGAAGAUGCUUACAAAUCACCACUAAGCAUAAUAAUUGUAGAUGACAUUGAAAGGUUACUUGAGUAUGUUGCCAUUGGCCCUAGAUUUUCAAAUUUGAUAUAUCAAACAUUGUUGUUGCUCCUCAAACAACUUCCUCCAAAGGGGAAAAAAGUUCUUGUGAUUGGAACUACUAGCCAGAUUGGUUUCUUGGACUCAAUUGGCUUUCUUGAUGUCUUCUCAGUCACGCACACCGUUCCAACACUAAAUACAGAGGAUGCUAAGAUGGUGUUAGAAAAGCUUAACGUGUUCUCUGAGGAGGAUAUUGAUUCUGCUGCUGAGGCCUUAAAGGACUUGCCAAUCAAGAAACUGUAUAUGGUCGUUGAAAUGGCUGCUCAGGGUGAGCAGGGGGGUAGCGCGGCCGCCAUCUACUCCGGCAAAGAAAAGAUCAAUAUGUCUCAUUUCCUUAGUUGCCUUGGAGACAUCCAACGAUCUCAAAUUUUGCGUCGUAGCGACUCGCACAACUUUUAGUUCUGUAAGCCCACACUCAUUUUUUUCUUCCUCUUGUGGGUUAUGAAUGAAUCUCUGUGUUGGACGUAUUUCCCUUUGUAUUAACCCCCCUUUGUUCCUUGACAUGGCUAUCCAUACUUAAAAGCAUUUUCUCACUUAUUCGACAGACUUGUAUACCAGUGUUGGUUGGAUGUGCUCCAUGGUAAAAAUAUAUAUUUGUCAGUUGU